UUACAGACAAAAGGGCAAGAGGAAGGCACCGAGGGGGUGAGUGACAGUUUUACCCUCCUAGGGGUAAAAAGAUGACCGUGGUGUCCCAAGAGAACCACGAUGAGACAGUGGUCAUUACUCCUUUGUUGCAAGAAGCUAUUGACCUGGAACCAGCGGACCAGGAGUGCAGCGAGAGGGUGGUCAUCAACAUAUCGGGGCUGCGUUUUGAGACGCAAUUAAAGACCCUUUCCAGGUUCCCGACUACGCUUUUGGGGGAUCCGCGUAAAAGGAUUCGUUUCUUUGACCCGCUGAGAAAUGAAUACUUCUUUGACAGGAACAGGCCGAGCUUUGACGCCAUCCUCUAUUAUUACCAGUCGGGAGGGCGGCUACGGCGGCCCGUUAGUGUUCCUGUGGAUAUUUUCCUGGAGGAAAUCAAAUUUUACGAACUUGAGGAAGGGGUCAUUGAGCUGUUCCGAGAUGACGAGGGCCUGACGAAGGAAGAUGACCGCCCGCUGCCCAAUAACGAGUUUCAGCGCCAGUUUUGGCUCCUGUUCGAGUAUCCUGAGAGCUCAGGACCAGCACGGAUAAUAGCCAUUGUCUCUGUUAUGGUCAUCUUAAUAUCAAUUAUCAUAUUCUGCUUGGAGACCUUACCAGAGUUUAGAGACGUCCCUGCAGUACAAGACAAUCUCUCCAAUGGGAGUGUGCACGGCAAAGAGCCCAGUCCGUUCACAGACCCGUUUUUCAUGGUGGAGACACUUUGCAUUGUGUGGUUCUCUUUUGAAUUCACCAUGAGGUUUCUCUCAUGUCCCAGUAAAGCAGCUUUCUUUAAAAACAUCAUGAACCUGAUCGAUGUUGUGGCCAUAGCUCCCUAUUUUAUCACCCUGGGCCUUGAUCUUGCUGAGCAUCAGGGCAGCAGUCAGCAAGCGGCGUCUUUGGCCAUCCUGAGGGUUAUCCGCCUGGUCCGAGUUUUCAGGAUAUUUAAACUUUCCAGACACUCCAAGGGUCUCCAGAUUCUCGGCCAAACACUUCACGCGAGCCUCAGGGAGUUGGGACUGUUAAUAUUCUUCCUGAUUAUUGGAGUCGUUUUAUUCUCCAGUUCAGUUUAUUUCGCGGAGGCAGAUGACCCCGAGUCUGGAUUUUCAAGUAUUCCUGAUGCGUUUUGGUGGGCUGUGGUGACGAUGACCACUGUUGGAUAUGGAGACAUGUGUCCCUCCACCAUAGGAGGCAAAUUCGUUGGAUCUUUGUGCGCUAUUGCCGGAGUGCUUACCAUAGCUCUACCUGUCCCUGUUAUUGUUUCAAAUUUCAAUUAUUUCUACCACAGAGAGAAUGAGCAGGAUGAAAAUGUACAGUACGUGCACGUGACCUGCGGACAGCCACAGGAGCAGGUGCAGCAGCAGCUUCAGAUCACCUUUGGUGAGCGUGAUUCAAACCAAAGUAGCCAGUCGCUCUCCAAAACUGAGUCGUACCAGGGAAGCGACGACUUGGAAACUUUGACAAAUCCAAACGUAAACCAAGCGGAAAAAUACACAGGGAAACUAACUGAUGUAUGAAUUCAGCCAUUUGGAUACUUUGUGGACAUACAAGUCAGGCUCCUCCAGUGACCACGUUUGAUCCCCUGGCCUGCAAUUUUAGGAGAAAAGACAUUCCUCUGUAAAAACAAAAACAAAACAAAAGAAACGUUUACUCUCUCAUGUAGGGGCUUUAUGUAAAAAAACAAACAAAAGUAAAUAGGUGGGGAACUGUGACUUUAAGCAUCAUACAAGGGAGUCCUUACAGUUUAAACAUUUGUUCAAACACAAGGAGCAUUUG